AUGACGUACACAGUGGUGGUGUCUCCGCCGUGCUACGCCAGUAACCCCACCAUCCACUCGGAGGCGAAUCGGCCACGACAGAGACAAAACUUGAAGACCCAGAAGAACAACCGAGGCCAGAAGAGCGGUGGCGCCCCCACAACCACCACUACUACUUCCGGCUUCGGCGGCAAGAAAAAGGAUCCUCUGUGGCAGUGUGUUCAGGGUUGUGGCGCUUGCUGCAAGCUCCAAAAAGGUCCCUCCUUUCCCUCCCCCGAAGAAAUCUUUGACGACCCUUCUGAUAGCCAGUCGUACAAAAGUUUGAUAGGUGCAGAUGGGUGGUGCAUACACUACGAAAAAAGCACAAGAACAUGCUCUAUCUAUGCCGAUCGCCCAUAUUUUUGUCGAGUGGAGCCAGAUGUUUUCCAAACGUUGUAUGGAAUUGACAAGAGAAAGUUCAACAAGGAGGCUUGCAGUUGCUGUAUCGAUACAAUCAAAUCUGUAUAUGGUUCCCAGUCUGAAGAGUUGGAUAAUUUCAAUCAUGCAAUAUGGAGCACAAGCUCAGAUGCAAAGCAUUUCUUUACAACACCUGGAGAGGAGUUAUGCUUAUCUUCAGUGUUGGUGACUGAUAUCCUGGUCACCGGUGUAAGGCAGCCCUCACUGAGAGCCACUUCCAUCUCCCUCAGAGGAGUUGGAUCGGGUGACAUGGUAGGAGAAUUUGAUUUUACCUGCAGACCUUGGAAUGAGAAUGGACACACUGGGCAGGCUUACAAGGGUUACUUCAGCCUUUCAAUAUCAGUGACUAAUGGCUUGGCGAAUAUGAGUCCAGCGGUGUUGGCAGGUAGGGAGAGGAGAUGUUCUCUGAUGUGUAUGGUGCUUUCGACAGUGGAUUUGAGCGAGCCUUAUGGCAGUGCCAUGGGGAGGGCAGAGGAUCCCUACCAAGGUGAAGAACUGUUUGAUGCAUAUUACAGUAACGAGGACAUUGAAAUGCAGCCUUCUUUUGAUUAUAAUCCUUGGUGUGCAAUAGCCUGAACCUGCACAUGCUUAUGGCUUGGAUGAAAUGGGACUAUGUGGGAGGAUCUUUGGUAACUGGCCCGGCCUUAGUUUGCUAAGGCCAGACCUGGAAAGCUGUGUCUAACAAGGACUUGGUGGAGUUUUUUACAGCAAUAAGGUUGCUCCCUUCUAACCGGGCCAUCAUAGAUAUUAGCCACGGAAAUAGUCUUUUCACAUAAAGAUGUUUAGCUGCAUACCUGUAACUCUUCCUAAAUCCUACCGUGGCACUUCCUAAAUCCUAUAGUGGCAGGUAGCUUGGCUGAU